AUGUCACUCUACAGCGCUGGACUGCCCACUUUAAGUGCCCUGGUCCAAGAAAUGGAAAACCAGCACAGCACAGCAACACCAUCGGUUCAGGCUCGAAAUGCCAAGAUGGGUGUACGUACCCGCGCUCCGGUGGGCACUUUUACACCUGAAAGGUUUGGAAAGACGGAACCCGACGGACGGUAUAGAACUGAACAGUGA